GAAGUUGGCGAGGGGAUUGAGACGGGAGUACCUAAGAAACAUCUGUUUCCUCGAACGUUGCUAUAGGGCGCGCUAGUGAAGUGAACGCCUUCCGAAGCAACGUGAAACGAGGACGCCCGCCACCACACAAUCUUCCCACUUUUUCGCCUUCGUUGGGGAAAAAGUAGGAAAAACCCGUAAAGUACGUAGGAUCGCGAAGACGCCAUCGCGAUUGGUUAGGCGUAUUCUCGAUCGCGCUUCGUCGUCACCGGUCCUGCAGAUGCCAUAUCGUGACGCGCGCGCUUCCAUUGGUCGUCGUGCUCGUGCAAUCGGAUCGACAUUUAUCAUAGAAGAGAUCCGAUCUUCCUGCCGUCCACGACAGGGUUCUCGCGCGCGCGUUACGUUCACCGAAUUUCGUCACGACGUCACGAGCACCUCUCCCCGUAAGGGGCAAGUCUCUCGAUACACCUCGUCAUCCUCCCCCGCCGUUCUCCUACCUACCUACCUCGCGACGCAGUCGCAGCGCCGUCAACAACAACGUGAACAACGGCGAAAGCGACGUGCAAGCUACGCGAACGCAGCGCCGCCGUCAUCAGCGCGACCGCCAUCGCAACGAGGUGCGCUAUUCCGUUCACUUCGCGACGAAGCCACGAAGAAAUGCCCGUAGGUUCGAGAUCGAUCAAUCCGAGUUCCUGUACGACGAGCAUGGAGGUAUCAUCGCGAUCGAGCCUGUAACGGGCGUGCUGUUACGAGCGAGCUCAGCACGCGGUCGUUGUCGUCGUCGCGGCGAGCGAGCAUUGUAUCUCGCACUCCACGCUCGCGUCGGGUCAGCUGCUGCUUACUUCGCGCUGCCUCCGCGCUAGGUUGUCGGUGUGUGUGUGUGUGCUUGUGUAUUAAGUCGCCUCUCCCCGUAGCCGCGAUCGUGACACUUUUCACCGAGGUGCGCCGCCCAGGCUUGUGUAUACGAUGGAGCUGCGUGUUGGUAACAAGUACCGGCUCGGACGGAAAAUCGGGAGCGGCUCCUUCGGCGACAUUUACCUAGGUACCAAUAUUUCUACGGGUGAGGAAGUCGCUAUCAAAUUAGAAUGCAUAAAGACACGACAUCCGCAACUACACAUAGAAUCCAAGUUUUACAAGAUGAUGCAAGGAGGUGUUGGAAUACCAACUAUAAAAUGGUGUGGUUCGGAAGGUGAUUAUAACGUAAUGGUAAUGGAAUUACUUGGGCCAUCACUGGAGGACUUGUUUAAUUUUUGUUCAAGACGUUUUACUCUGAAAACAGUCCUACUUCUUGCCGAUCAAUUGAUAAGUAGAACAGAUUACAUUCACAGCCGCAACUUUAUUCAUCGUGAUAUUAAGCCAGACAACUUUCUGAUGGGUCUGGGAAAGAAGGGUAAUCUCGUCUACAUUAUAGAUUUUGGAUUAGCUAAAAAAUAUCGCGAUGGCCGCACACACAAACAUAUACCCUAUCGAGAAAACAAGAAUCUGACAGGGACGGCCAGAUACGCGAGUAUAAACACACACUUGGGGAUCGAGCAGUCACGACGGGACGAUCUCGAAUCUCUGGGCUAUGUCCUCAUGUACUUCAAUAGAGGUAGUCUACCUUGGCAAGGGUUGAAAGCAGCGACCAAGAGACAAAAGUACGAGCGCAUUUCCGAAAAAAAGAUGUCCACUCCCAUAGAAGAACUCUGUAAGGGGUAUCCUGUAGAGUUCGCGUCGUAUCUAAGGUAUUGUCGGGAUUUGCGCUUCGAGGAGAGGCCGGAUUAUUCGCAUCUUCGACAACUUUUCCGAACACUGUUCCAUGGUCAGGGCUUCACCUACGAUUACGUCUUCGACUGGAAUAUGCUGAAAUUUGGUAACGCGAGACAACCAACUUUACCUUCCGCACAGCAAGCACCUAUGCACUCGCAGCCGUCUAACGCGGCGCUGCCUUCUGGGACCAACAACGAUCAAGAACAUCGAUCAAGGCCCUACACGCGGCAAUGUUUACCGAACGCGUCCGUAGCGACGGUGGGCCCGACGCUUGGACGCUUGGAUCCGACCACAAGUUUGCGAGCAAUCCGGCAGAAACGCGAGAUGGAGACUCGUGGUGACCAGGACAAUCAGGACAAGAAUGAUCUCCAAGGUAAAAUACAAUUCUACCAACAAUUCUGCGCAAGCCAACAGAAUUUCGCUAUUGCCGAACGAAAAAUGCAACAUAAUGUGACAGUCGGACACUCGCAGCAGCCUGCGCCUGGCGGCAAUGAGACUGCCGCUGCCGCCACUGCGACACGCGUGAUAAAUCCAUGUCAAUUCAGUACAUUCAAGUCAACUACUACGCCGGUUAAUAGGGCGGCACCGCCGCCACCGCCAGACGCGGCGGCUUCUUUAGACCUGACCGGUCUUAAUCUGGGACGUAGUCGCGAAUUAGGCUCUAAUCGUAUCGCGGAGGUAAAUUCCGCGACUACGUCACGCGACUAUUAUCAGCCGACAAUGAGUAGAACGCGUGAGAGGAGCCCAAACACGGCGUCCCGUCAACUCGAUAAACAGAGCUAUUUUUUUCAUGGGCAUAAAACUGAGAAAGACGUAGAUCGCAAAGUCGUGAUGUUUGAGGAUCUAGGAACAAAGGGUACGGAUUACGCUCGACUGACGGCGGAUGACGCGGACGACACCGCGGCAAUUUCGGGCGGCUCGAUGAAUUGCUUUGGCGGCCUGGAUAAAGAGAGAAGCUAUGCUGAUUAUGAUAGUGACAAGAAACACAGGUGUCCCGCAACGAGCAACGUACGACAUCUUACUGUGACUCACGAGAUGCAACGUGACUCAGAAAACGUGGAAUUCCUUGAGAAAGAGGGUGAGAUCUUUAAGAAAAGUAGUAAUGAAUUAUUGCAGGAGGCCUUCACUAGCAAACGCAGAAAUUUCUCUUUUCGCAACAAAGAAAAAACGCAUAAGAGUUUGGAGUCGCUCGAGAAAAGUAUCAAUAUACCAGCUGUAGAUUGUAAAAGUCUAGAUCUUCUACCGGAAGAGCAAUCAAAAACUUUUUUCCAUAGUAAACAAAGGAGUCUUGAUUCGUCGCAGAAGUCAAUGAAGAAGUCUGUCGAUUCAACGACGGCGAACAAGACACGCAAGUGGCCUAACUUCUUCCAACGAGUCGGCAGAAGCUUGCAUUUUUUACCCAGGGAGCGCGAGAAGCGUCAGGACAUCUUGAAGCAAGAGGAACGCACCAUUAACAGUCAAUAUCCUCAGACCGAUCAGGAGAAAUGUGAAUAUUUUUUACAGAGGCACCAGAAAAAUGUUGAUUUUUUUGAGUGUACUCCAAGCGCGCUGGCCGAUCGUGCUCCCGUCCAGUCCAAUCUCGGUUCUUUCGACGAAGUAGAUACUGCUGUUGAACAGAAUUCCACUAGUCGCCUCAAAGAUGCGCAUCUCGAGGAGAAUACGUUUCGCGUGAAACGAGAUUCGAAUAAUUCUAUGAAUGUAGAUACCGCGGAAGAUAAUAUGAAACAGAAUAAUUUGGAUGCGAGUCAAUCGUUGAUGCAAUCUGACAUUUCGGCCAAUAUCGAAUUGACUGUAACAGUGAUGCAAUCGAGAGUUCCCUUGAUCGAGGGUCCAAUUGCGAGUGUCACUACGCAAGAUACUGUGAGUGGCAACAAAGACAGCUUAGACAUCGGAUACUCCAUCAGCGAACUUGGUAGAAUUUAUUUACAUACUAUACAAAACAUUGAUCAUACAGACGGUUUGCGAUCUACAGAGAACGCUGCUGACGCGUCGGAGAAACGGAAACGCUACAUAGAAUGGUUAAAAACGAAAAACGAUCAAGACAUUUUAAGCCACGGUAUUAAUUCAUGUGAUUCUCUGACUCAUGGUAAACCGCAAGCAUCGGGUGCGGGUGGACAGGAACGAAGGGUCAGCAUGCGGUUGCAUCGUAGGGAUACACUUCUAGCAGCUGCAGGAGAAAUGCAGCCCAAGUCCAAGUGAGUUGCUACACGAUAUAGAACGACUAAAUCCACUAAACGACUGGGUAUAACUUGCUCUACUGAGAUCCGCGGAUGAAAAAUAUCGUAACCGAAAGCUAUCGCACUAAUUCUAAAUGACAAAAAUAGACAAAGAGGGAGCGAAAUUCUCUUCUGUGCCACGGUAGAGGACGCCGGUUGUGAAAAGCUCUGAUCACGGGGAAAUCUUUCAUCGUGCGAGCCUUCUCUCUGAGUUCAUCCCUCCUCAUAAGUUUAUCGAUAAUUUGUCAUUAUCAUACGCGAAUUUCGCAAUUCUCACGGAGAAUUUUGCAAUGUUAUUUUAAUGCAAUGGAAAACGAAUAUAAUUGAUCUGUAUUUAAUUUGUCGAAUAUUUAAAUAAGAUAACAAAGUACGUUAUCAUAUAUAUGUUGAAAAGGACACAUAUAUUAUAAUAUUCAAUAUUAGUAGAUUUUUCCAUUUAGAAAAUAUCUAUUGACAUUAGUUAUACUUUUCAGAAUUAUAUUGCGUUUUAUUGUGAUUAAAGAUGAUUAUUAAUUUUAUUAAAUUUAACUAUUAUGCCGCUGUAAACGCGAGCGAUUAUCUGAUCUUAUGAGAAUCUUUCCGGCAAAAGAAGUCGGUUUAAAAGUCGAAACUGGGGAGAUUUGAUGUGACAAAUGAGAGAAGGAACGCCGGAAAAAAAAGAAAAAAAAGAGAGGGAACCUUUAGCUCGUGUUUAUGUGAAGACGGUGGCACGCUAAUGUCGCUGUUUUGUGUGUCUUUUGUUUUGGAAGCGCCAAUGCGACGGCAAUCGCUCCACCCACCCUGAUGGUCAGGCGGGCAAGCGUGCAACACAACAAGUGAAUCAGCAGCAGCAAUAGCGGAAUCAUCAUCAUCAUCAUCAUCGUAAUCAGCAACGUCGUUCGUCAGGAGCGAUGACCAGCGAUCACCGCCGCCGCCGCCGACACGGUGCACUCCUGCCUGUCGCAAACCGGAAAUGAACUCGCGCGUACUCGCAUCCGGUGAACGGUGAUGCGAUACGAUUUUCGCGUAUCAGUGACAAUUCUAUUCGUGUUGGUGCUUUAUUUGCGAUGUCCGCGAUGAAUAUCGCGUAACAGAAAAAGUAACAAAAAUGCCUGUGCGCGACUCUUCGUACCGAGUGGACGAUGACGAAAAGAAAAGGGAAGAAAAAAAAAAACGAUAGGCUUGUUCUCGCAGCGCGCAGAAUAAAGUAAUGCAGUAUGUGCGUUGUAUGGCGAACUGUAACAACUAAAUCAACUGUGUGGCUAACAAUACCCACCGCGCGUCUUCAAGAUGCAAUGACGCAACUCUCAUCGUAGUGCGCAAGAUUCUCAGGCGGAUUAUAGUACAGAAUGUCCUGGAUCUCUUUCUCACGAUCGGAGCGAGACUCCUGUCUGGAGAAAAGAGAGAGAGAGAGAGAACGCUCUCAACGACCAUACGUUCACGAGGGUAAAAAUGAGGCUUCAAAAUCGAAGUCGAAUCCCUCGCAUCUAUUGCGGAUGUAGGAGGAUAAAACGUGAUCGUUUUUUCUGUUUUCUUUUUUUUUUUCGAGGCGAAUCGCAAAUGUACAGUACGCGGUUUCGAUGAUGGAUUCUCGCAGUUGUUCAUCAUACAUAGAAUAAAUUUGGAGAUCAUUUAAUUUUCAUUGUACAAGAGGCGAGAACCGAACUGUGGCCAGUUUUGUUUUUUCUGAAUUCAAUACUGCAUAAGUUUCAUUUUGUGCGUAUAAAUUUCAAAUGAGUAAUUAUAUUUGUCAAAGUUCGUUGUAGCGUUAUAAUUAAUAAACUGUUUUCGAAAGAGAGCAGAGAGAGCUCUCUUCUCAAGAUAGUAAUCAAAUUGUAAUAAAAUUGAGCGCGUGUCGUAACAGAAGGCUACCUUGAUAUAUUAAAUAUCUGUGGUAUUUCUUUUAUAUAUUAUAAAUAUUCUUGAUUAUAAUAGUGAAUAUUCUCCAUUUGUAAAUUCCUAUAGAAACUUGUCAAAGAUUAACUUCUUUUUUUUAAAUGUUAUAUAAGUCGAUUGAUGGCUUAUGUGAUUAUCCGUUAAUAAUAUAGACUUCGCGAAAUUAUCGCGAAUUAUUAUAAUAUUCGAUUUUCAUGAGACAGUUAUGAGAAUUAACAUAAUUCCGCGCAAUUAUUACCGUAUCCUGUUCCACCGGCGGGCUGAAUACGUAUAUGUAUAAAUGUAGAAUAUUUCUUCGUAUAAGUCGCAACAUGUACAUAGACCGAUUACAUUGGUAACUCAAGCAGCUGUUGAGUGUGUAAAGCUGUUAUGAAUUUUUGCACAAAAUACAAAUGACAUUUUUUCAGGCGAUAUAAACGAAAUGUUAGUUCCAUGUUAGUGUCAAGAGAAUCAAGUGCAAUCGUGGGGAAAAGCCAAUAUAUACGGUUGUAAUUAUCAAUUUUGCUAGAACGCGUUAUUCGAUAUACAUUGCUGAAACAUCGCGUUAAUACGGUUCUUGCCUUAAAUUCGGCGUGUCAUUGUUUCAGCCGAGCUAAAAUCAAGGUAAAACAUAAAUUUCGGGAAUAUUUACGUGUUCAAGGAAAUAAUUGAAAAGUCAUAAACAUCGUGUAAAAGGAUAAAAUUUUAAAAUUAUUUUCCGAAAUACCAGAGAAUCUUCCGAAACGCUCAUUUACUUGAACAAUUUCGCUGAGGAGAGCAAUAUCACGUCGAUUUACGGCACGGCAGCAGGAUGCUGAAGUCUUUUCGCUAAAAAGCUCGAUAGUUAAACGAUCAUACAGAACGUAGUACAACGGGCGUGCAAGAAGUUGGCGGGGAGGAUGUCUAGUUUUAGGAACAAUUCGUUCGGUUGUGCUUAGAUGGUAAGAAGAAAACGAAGAAAACAUACGAUUGCGAGUUUCCGUGGAGCAUUUCUAUUUCAUCAGCAUCGAUCGGGCGUACUGUACAGAUGAUGGUGUGUCGCGUGUGUGAUGAAUUAUGUAUGACGCCGUGGUUCGCGUACCGUUGCCGUCGUAAUCGCGCGCUCCGAGGUAAUGAGAUCUUAUGUACGGAAAACGCGAUAACCGCGGGACAAAUUCACUGUCUAUAAUAAAUAAUAAAACGGAUGUGAC